AUGUUAACAACCCCUAAGGGUCUUGGAGACGGAGCAAUUGCUCAGUACGUCUUUCUGAACAAGAACGCAAAGGACUCUGAACCGUUCAGCUCGAUAUUCUUUGGAUGGGGAUGUGCAGUGAUGUUUGGAGUUUAUCUUGCAGAGGGGAUCUCAGGUGCCCACAUGAAUCCAGCAGUCACAAUAGCUUUUGCAGUCGUCAAGAAGUUCGAAUGGCGCAAGGUUCCCAAAUACAUAUUUGCUCAAAUGUUUGGUGGCUUCUUUGGGGGACUCCUCGUUUUUGUUCAGUAUUUUGACCGUCUAGUGAUAUCAGGUGAGCUGGUAUUGGAGGACCACUACCGGGGUAUAUUCGCCACCUACCCUCACCCGGAUACCUCUGUAGGAGGGAGGGUGGUUGAUCAGCUGGUCACACCCUUCCUUCUGCUCCUCAUCGUCAGCUGUCUCGUCGACCAGAAGAACAAAUCCGCUCCACCUCCAGGUGUGACUCCAAUUUUAGUGGGAUGUUCUGUGCUCUCAAUUGGCCUCUCCUUCGGGAUCAAUACUGGGAUACCCCUCAACCCUGCCCGAGAUCUGGCUCCCAGGGUAAUGACAGCGAUACUGGGAUAUGAUCACGUGUUCUCGGCGUUUGACUACUACUGCUGGAUACCAGUCAUAUGUCCGAUAGUAGGGGCUACCCUGGGUGCUGGAACCUACGUGCUACUCAUCGAACAACCCAACUCUAAACUCACUUUUUACGAUCUGAACAACGGUGACUCUCUCUGUAUUAAGACGGAGGAGAAAGCUGAUACAAAGAAUGAAGCUGUUGUUGAAGAGAUGGUCAAUAUGUUGCCUGCAUGA